GGCGGCUCGGGUCCUGCGGCAGCCCCUGCAGCGCGCAUCCCGCACUUGGCCCGCCGGGCCUAGCCCGGGAGCUGGCCGCGCCCCCCCGGCCUCCGGGCGUCCCCGCCGCGGCCCCAUGGCCUCCGAGGCGGUGAAGGUGGUGGUGCGCUGCCGCCCCAUGAACCGGCGCGAGCGGGACCUGAACUGCCGGACCGUGGUGACCGUGGACUGUGCGCGCGGCCAGUGCUUCAUCCAGAACCCGGGCGCCGCUGGCGAGCCGCCAAAGCAGUUCACCUUCGACGGCGCCUACUACAUGGAGCACUUUACCGAGCAGAUCUACAAUGAGAUCGCCUACCCGCUGGUGGAGGGUGUCACUGAGGGCUACAAUGGCACCAUCUUUGCCUAUGGACAGACCGGCAGCGGGAAGUCCUUCACCAUGCAGGGCUUACCGGACCCACCCUGCCACAGAGGCAUCAUCCCCCGGGCCUUCGAGCACGUCUUUGAGAGUGUCCAGUGUGCAGAGAAUACCAAGUUCCUGGUCCGGGCCUCCUACCUGGAGAUCUACAAUGAAGACGUCCGUGACCUACUAGGGGCUGACACCAAACAGAAGCUGGAGCUGAAGGAGCACCCGGAGAAGGGGGUGUACGUGAAGGGGCUGUCCAUGCACACAGUGCACAACGUGGCCCAGUGCGAGCGCAUCAUGGAGACGGGCUGGAAGAACCGCUCCGUGGGCUACACGCUGAUGAACAAGGACUCCUCCCGCUCCCACUCCAUCUUCACCAUCAGCAUCGAGAUCUGUACUGUGGAUGAGCACGGCAAGGACCACCUGCGGGCAGGCAAACUGAACCUAGUGGACCUGGCGGGCAGCGAGCGGCAGUCCAAGACGGGUGCCACAGGAGAGCGGCUUAAAGAGGCCACGAAGAUCAACCUGUCACUGUCAGCACUGGGCAACGUCAUCUCGGCCCUGGUGGACGGGCGCAGCAAGCACAUCCCCUACCGGGACUCCAAGCUGACGCGGCUGCUACAGGAUUCCCUGGGCGGCAACACCAAGACGCUGAUGGUCGCCUGCCUGUCGCCUGCGGACAACAACUAUGACGAGACUCUCAGUACCCUCCGCUAUGCCAACCGAGCCAAAAACAUCAAGAACAAGCCACGCAUCAACGAGGACCCCAAGGAUGCACUCCUGCGCGAGUACCAGGAGGAGAUCAAGAAGCUCAGGGCGAUUCUGGCCCAGCAGAUGAGCCCCAGCAGCCUGUCAGCUCUGCUAUCCAGUCAAGUACUUGUAAACUCCACACAGAUGGAGGAGAAGCAGCUGUCUCCACGGGUGACUCAGCAUGACACGGAGGCUGAGAAGCAGUUGAUCCGGGAGGAGUACGAGGAGCGUCUGGCCCGGCUGAAGGCUGACUACGAGGCUGAGCAGGAGUCCAGGGCCAGGCUGGAGGAGGACAUCACUGCCAUGCGCAACUCAUAUGACGUGAAGCUGUCCACCCUGGAGGAGAACCUGCGGCAGGAGGCAGAGACUGUGCUGAAGGCCGAAGUCCUCCAGGAGCCCGAGGUCCUGUCCCAGGCGGAGUUUGCCAGCAGGUCAAAGUACUCACCCACCUUCCAGCUGGGGAUGGUUCUGAAGCCCGAGACCUGCUGUGUGGCCGGCACGCUGCCCCGUGAGCACAUCUGCACGGCCAGGCUGGUGUUGGAGGCUUCCUCUGGGCCCGGCGAGUCUUCUGCACUCGAAGACCCUGAUCAGUCCAAGGCCUUCCCGGGGCCCAAAGUGGAGGUCGUGAACAAAUCCUGCUCGGCACAGCCUCUCUGCCUGGAGGCUGAGGACCACCAGCUGGAGGGACAGACUUGCUUCCAGGAAGAGGAGCCACCGCCGGUGGAAGCACAGGUCCCCUCCUUGAGGGCCGACCAAGAUGUUCCCCCAGUGGACAAGCCCCUGCAGCUGGAGCCCAGUGACACCAAAUCUGAAGUUGAGGCAGAUGACAACCUGCCCAAGACAGAGGCGGACCUGGGCCAGGAAAUGUCUAAGCCUAUGGCCGUGACAGCAGAGGCCAGCUCAGGGCCGGAGGCUGUGUCCCAGCCCCUACCGAGUGGGACGAUGGACAGCGCAGACGUGGAGGUGUCAGUGCUGACCGACGGCCUGACUGCCCCGGUAGACCAGCUGCAGGUGCUCGCCCGUUUGCAGCUGCUGGAGCAGCAGGUGGUAGGGGGGGAGCAGGCCAAGAACAAGGACCUGAAGGAGAAACACCGGCGGCGGAAGCGGUACGCGGACGAGCGCAAGAAGCAGCUGGUGGCGGCCCUGCAGAACUCGGACGAGGACAGCGGCGACUGGGUGCUGCUCAGAGUCUACGACUCCAUCCAGGAGGAAGUGCGGGCCAAGAGCAAGUUGCUGGAGAAGAUGCAGAGGAAGCUUCGGGCAGCAGAGGUGGAGAUCAAAGAUCUGCAGUCAGAGUUUGAGCUGGAGAAGAUCGAUUACCUGGCCACCAUCCGCCGGCAGGAGCGUGACUCCUUGCUCUUCCAGCAGCUCCUGGAGCAGGUGCAGCCCCUGAUUCGCAGGGACUGUAACUAUAGCAACCUGGAGAAGAUCCGCCGUGAGUCCUGUUGGGAUGAGGACAAUGGCUUCUGGAAGCUCCCGGACCCUGUCAUCAUCAAAACCAGCCUCCCAGUAGCAGUUCCUACAGGGCCACAGAACAAAUCGGCAAGCAAGACCUCGGUGGUGGACAGUGGCGAGCCAGGCCUGGAAGAAGACCGCUAUAAGCUGAUGCUCAGUCGCAGUGACAGUGAGAACAUUGCCAGUAACUACUUCCGGUCCAAGCGGAUCAGUCAGAUCCUCAGCACGGAUCCCAUGAAGAGCCUCGCCCAUCACAACUCAUCACCAGGCCUUGGCUCCUCACUCAGCAACAACACUGCCAUCUCACCUGCCCAAGUCCCCGAAAUGCCCCAGCCCCGGCCCUUCCGCCUCGAGUCCCUUGACAUCCCCUUCACCAAGGCCAGGCGGAAGAAGAGCAAAGGCAGCUUUGGCAGUGAGCCUCUGUGAACACCGCUGCUUGCCGCCGCCGGCCCCUCGGCCUUGGGGGACACUGCCAGGCCUCUUCCCCUUUCCCCAGUGACUGGGCCUCCCCGACACCAUCUCCUCCCUGUGGCCCAACAUCAGCCUGGGGUGGCUGCAGGGCUGGACCCCAUCCUCCGAGAGGCUUUCUCCAGCUCCCUCAGGCCACUGCAGUGCUCCCGUCAGCAUCACCAGUGUUGUGCAGGGCCUACAUGGUCUCCAAGGCCUCGACUCUGCCUCCCGCCUUCUCCAGCAGCCCUGCCGCGUGGGCAGCAACUUCUGGGAGCUCUAGCCUGGUGACUGAAAACGGUGCCUCUGUCUAGACAGCACCCGUCGGGGCAGCCCCGCAGGCACGGGAAUGGAGUGCUAGGGCAGCUCUCCCCAGGAGGCUGAUUUGGGCUGCUCUGGGGUCCC